AUGCUUCAAGACCUAAAGCCUCUCCCUACCGCCCGAAAAUCUGUGGGUGUUCUCGGGACAGCCUCAUCGGGAGAGCUAGCAAAAGAACAAGUGGUGAAUCGGGCGAUGAUGGUUUCUUCUGGAAGCGGUAGUGGUGCUGCUACUGGUGUUGUACGCACCAUGCCAGGGGUUGUUUUGAGUCCAGCAACUAACAGCAGCAUCACAGAUCCUGAGAAACAAUCUGCGUUGCCAUCAUCAUCUUCGUCAUCCCCUACCAAGGAUCAAGCAUUGGAAAAUUCAUCUCAAGCAAGUAAACCAACAUUGGAAAAUUCGGAAGGUAUUGUUUAUGAUUCAUCCGAAGAGGAAGAAGAGGAUGCAGAUAUUUUGGAAGAGACUGAUACGGAUCAUGAUAAUGACCAACAAGCAUCAUCAGAGGAAGAAGUUGUUCAAAGAACCACAAGAAGUAGUGCUCGAGCUGCUUCAAGUCUUUCUUCAUCAAAUAGCGCGAAAAGGGAUAAUGAUAAAGAUGCUUCGCAAAGACAAAAUCAACUUGCAUCAUUAAGAUUCAGUGAAAAGUUUAAACAAGGUAGCGAAGAUGAAGAGGGACAUCCUGCUGUUUUUGAUUCUGAUGAUGAUGAAGAAGAAGAUACACACCGAAAAUUUGCUGAAAAUGUUAGCAAGGCAAUACCAAAACAAAAAGUAGCUGAACCAUCAAGAAAAAAACAAAAGAUGACAAACACGAUGGAUGCUAGCACCACUAACGACUCUGCAGCUCACACAGAAGUGAAACAAUCGAAUGUGAUCUCUAUUGAACCUCAUUCAGUUCUGUUUAAAUUUAUUUGCUCAACUACUACCAAUGUGGAAUUACGACACAAACUUAAACAAGAUUUUGAGGAUGAAAAAUACGUAAUAUUAAGGAAAAAAUACAAUUUGAAAACUCCAAGCAGAAAAGGAAGAAUCAGUGAUAAUGAGGUCAAAUUGAUCAAAAAAUACAUUGAAAUAACCAGCUCCUUACGAUUGGUAAGACAUCCUCUCUCAUUGACACUCUUUAACAAUACCAAGUCUCUAGAGGAAGAUCGAAUUAAAACUUGGGGAAAUGACUCUCAGGAAGAUGAAGUUAAUACCACUAAUGUAAAACAUUUUAUUGCCACAAUCACUGGACGAAGUUUUGAUUUGAUAAGCUCUGUGUGGAAAAAGGAAGAAAGGAAUGUUCAUCACAGAUUUGUAAUUUAUUUGGAACAAAUGAGAUAUCAUUUUGAGGUCUUUGUUCAGCCAAACACAGUUCACAUGGACCGUGAACAGGAAGAAGAGCUCAAAGAGAUUUACAUCAGUUUACUAGGACUCUUGAAACAAUAUCAAGAUAUUGUCAAUACACGACGAGAAGAAAGAAAGAAUGGCAUGCUUCGUGAAACAUCCAUCGAACUGUCUAAAUUUGCAAAGAUUUUAUCCAAUCUCGACGAUCACUUCUCUAGGUUGGAUGCUUAUCAAAGGGCAUACAAUGAGGAGCUUCACGAUGCUCUUUGGACAUGUGCUGUCAAAUAUCUAUUAGCAUAG